AUGUGCAAACAAUACAGAAAGGAAAGAAGAAGAAGAAGAAAGAAGAAGAAGAAGACGAAGAAGACGAACGUCACUGAACACGGAAGAAAAAUGGAGGCGAAGACACAGGACGCGUGUUCAGCAGAGCCCAAGUCUCUGACACCAUUACAGAAACAGAUGCUUAAAAGACAGCAAGAGUUGGAAUACUGGAAGUUGCACUCAAAACAAGUCCGAAGAUGUAAUUUAAUCACGGGCCUGUCCAUCGGAGCCUUUGUGGUGGGCCUCUUCGGCUACACCAUCCUCUCAGUCAAACAAGAGAAAAUCAUAGACGAGAUGGAUGAAGAGGCAAAGACCUUCAUCAUGAAGGGUCCUCGGACAGGGGCAAACUCUUAAACUCUCCAUUUCUCUUUGUGGAAGGACUCCCAGCAUUGCAAUUUUGGCAAGACAGUAAACAUAUGAUGCUCUGUGGAUCUAUUAGCAUCUGCUAGCACCUAUUAGCACUGAGCACAUUUCCCUCACAUUAUAAAUAUGCCUUGAUGAACUUUGUACAAUGAUUUCAGUAUAAAAUUAUUUAUUUAAGUCAUUGUCAUUUCCUAUGUUUGAUGAUAAGACCAUUAUAUUAAUAAAAAUAAUAAUAUAGAA